GUCAGUAUAAUAUUAUGCGGUUUAUCUAAAUUUUAUGAUUUGCAGUCAAAAGUACAUUAUUCAUUCUUGUGUAUGGUGCACUUCACAAAAUACCAUGAUCGUAAUACAAUAUAUUUGUGUUUUCCUUUAUGUAUGUCAAAUGUCAAAGUUUACUAACUCUAAAGUAAUCAGAAGACCUGAACAAAGUUUAAACAUAGAUUUAACUAAAUGCUCAUCAGAUGAUCGAAAUUGUUUCGAAAGUAACAUCAUAGAUAAUUCUUUAGUCAUGGAAUAUUUAAGUAGAUAUACUUAUAUUCUAUGGUCAUAUGGCUAUAAAAUCGUAAAAAACGAUAACAAAACUAAUAGUAUGACUAUUUGGAUACAAAACAAAGAAAAGCCAGCUGAUUCCGAUUAUUAUAAUGAAUUAGAACAAGACAUUUUGAAUGAAGAUUCCACGAACAAAGUUAAAAGAUCACUAGAGCUCGUUGAAGAACAACCUCCUGAAGGAACUUAUCGCUCUCCGACCAAUGACGAUGAGACUAGAACCGUUCGUUCAUUGCCUCCAAUACCUUCACUACCUUCUAUGCCAUCAAUGCCGUCUUUACCUUCUAUGCCAUCAAUGCCGUCUUUACCUUCUAUGCCGUCUUUACCUUCUAUGCCGUCUAUGCCGUCUUUGCCUUCUAUGCCGUCAAUGCCAUCAAUACCUUCUUUGCCAACACCUUCAAUACCACAGCCACCUACAAUGUCUUCAAACGAACCAAAGAACACAAAUACAGAAGCGACAAAAUACGAUGUAACGACUACAUUUCCGGAUGUAGAACAGUUUGAGACUACUACGGAAGAUUAUAGUGGUAUUGGCGAACCAGAUUGCGAUUAUGAUCCCAUUAGCUUUAUUUUAAAAUGUGGUUUGAAUUUAAUCACUAGUAUAUUUGGAUUAUCUGAUACAUGUUGCAAACCAAUAAUUUAAUCUAUUUCAUUUGUAGACCGAACAAAUACAGUUAUACAUUAAAUAUAUAAAAGAAUUUCGUUAAGUA